AAAAUGGCUGCCGUAGUGUACCUUGGCCGUCGUUUUAAAUCAUGCUUGCUACAGUCUCAUCUUUGGAAGUCUUUUGGUUUAUAUGAAACGAGGCAUCAAUGCAACUCAAGUGUAUGUAGACUGAGUUUUUACAGUGGACGAAGAUGGAAUACCCAGCGAAAAUUGUCGACAGCAAAAGUCGGUAUCCCAGCGUUCAAGAGUAACACAUCAACUCGAAAAUUUGAUCACCCCGAUAGAGAUCGAAGAAUUAUGGUCGUAUUGCAGAAAAAGAGAGGUGAGAAAGUGCUACAGCUUCACGAGGAAGACUUGCUUAACUACUUCUCCGUGUAUGGGGAAAUAACAAGCGUGAGUUGGGUGCGAACCAAGGAGACAGAUCAAGAUACCGGAAAGGGAUUCGGGUUCGUGUCAUUCAGCAGUGUUCCGUCGUUCCAGAAAGCUGUUGCCUCAAAAUAUCAUACAAUAGAGGGGAGGCCAGUGCUCGUGUUCCCAGCAACGAAGAGGGCAGACUCUCAGCCUUCAAGAGUGGCUCCUCAAACUGCAGUGGUAACAGAUCAGCGGGCAUCAGCAUCUGAUGAAAUUGCCUCUGAGACUGCUCUCAAAAUUGAUGGGAAGAGAUCUAAAGGGGCACCUGUUAAGACUUAUUCGAAGCCCAUGGCAUCGCCCGAUUGGACUGAAUCAGGAUCGAUGAAGGCAGUACCUGAAUCAGCUGCCACACUUGAUCAAGGGACAUCUGGCGAAGCACCUUUGAUGACAGCUACUGAGCCAGGAGUGAUCCCCAGAGAAACAACAUAUUCUGCUAUGAAUAUAGCUCAACAGGCAACACAAGAGCAGAAAACAUCUGUACAAGAAGAAGCUUUGAGCGCAGCUCCUCAACAUGUGGAGGUUGCAGGAGGUGCCAAAAAUGCACAAAAAGCAUCAAUGCAUCUAGAAUCUGGAAAAGUGAGAUUUACAGGUAAAGCAUCACCAGUGAGUCCUGAAGACCAGAAACGAAAGAUUUUAGUGACUCAACGCAAAGGAUGCAAAGGUGAAAUGACAUUGAAAUCUGUGCAUGAUUAUUUUUCAGUGUUUGGCAAAAUUGAGCAAGUUCAAGAAAACAGUGACCUCAUCUAUGUUACAUUUGAAAGUGCUAAUAGUGCUGAACAGGUUAUGACAAUCACAAACCAUAGAAUUGACAAUGUGAUGGUGCUAGUGUCUUUGGCAUAUUCCAAUAAACAGAGGAAACAAUUGCGAAUUGAGAAAGCACUGGACGAUGUUAAAAGAAUUCAAGAUCCCAGAAAAAUCAAGAUUGCUGAACGAGAAGGAAGAAAAAUUGUGAUUAUGACACCUACCAGGUUCAAAGAAUCUAUUAGCACAGAAAUGUUAGAGAACUAUUUUUCCUCUUAUGGAGAAAUUGAAGAGAUACUUGUCAUAAAAUCGAAAGGUUAUGGCUUUGUAAUAUUUAAAGAGGCAGGUGAUGCUGAAAAGAUCUUAAAAAUUCAAAACCACAUUAUAGGAAAUGUCGAGGUUUUUGUAAAAUUGUCACUGGCCUCACGACAUUUAACUCAAAAUGAACCAAAGAGGAUUGUUGUAAGUAACAUUUCUGGAGAAACAUCAGAAAGGGAAAUCAGGAAACACUUUGGACAAUUUGGAAAAGUGGUAGAAGUUGUGUUUGCAAAUCCUUCAGAUGAUGGUGAAAGGCCAGAUUCUUGCAUAGUGGUCUUUGAUUCUAUCGACAGUGGAAUUGAAUCUGUUAUUGGUGAAUCCCACCAAAUCUAUACUCAACAAGUUGCACUUGCUGUCAAACUCCCAGAAGACAAAGUGAUGCAUGCACGUGAUCUGCCAAACCUUUUUGUGAGUAACGUUCCCGAGAGCAUGACACUAGAAAUGAUACGAUCUUACUUUGAAGAGUUUGGAUUGAUCCAACACCUUGGUUUUACAAGUUACAAGUCUGAAGAGGUGAUAUCUAACUUACAUGGCAUUUCAGUGGCAUUUUGUGACGAGUCAGUCCUUGAAAAGACUUUACAGAAAAAUUUCCAUGAAAUAAAUAGAUUUUAUGUGAGGGUGACCAGGGCACCCCUAAUGUUCACUCCUUCUGAUUUUCUUAGCUUAAGAAUACUAAUGACAAGCUUACCAUCAGGUAUCAGUAAACAUGUUGUUGAAGACUAUCUUCUUCAAAACUCAUGCAGAGUGGAAACUAUGAAAUUCAUCUCACCGACAGUUUGUUUAGCUGAUUUGUGGAAUUUGCGUGAUGUGGACAGGCUGGUGGAACAGGCAUCUAAGCAACAGCAUGUCAUUUGUGGAAGUCCAAUUUCACUUCGUCGCUACUACUGGAACAAGAAACAGGAGGACAGGUUUUAAUUUUGAUUCAGUUGCUUUUAAGCCAGAAGAAUGGACAAAGACCUAAGUUGAAGCUUGUUUCCUUGUUAUUUGAUUUAUUGUCAACUCGACAUUUGCAAACUAUUAAUAACUUGUGUGUGAUUAUUUUAAACCCUCUUUAUCAUUUAGGGUACAACUGAUUCUUUUUUCCGCCACUGGCAUUUCCUUGAAAAUCAGUCAAGAGACUGUGGUGUACAAUGCUCUGAGCUGUGGCCCUUUUACUUGCCAUGGCAAAGAUAUUGAAAAAAAUUUACAUGCACAGUCACCAGUUUGGCUACCUGAAUGCGGCCAUCAUAUGGCCUUUCAAAGAGCACUUUCAUAGAAAGAUACCUGUACUACUAAAGAGAUCCUAGUAUGAGGGCCUUUAAUGAUGGUACAAGUAUGUCUGGCUCUUUAGAGAGGAAAAAAAUGAAUAAAAGGAACAAAUAGAAAGAAGGGCAGUCGUGAUAGAAUGCUAAUAGUGACUGGCAUUUAAUUUCUCCCUACAACAUCAGCCCUGAACAACAUAUCAUAAGCU